CCCCGCCAAAACCCCGCCAUCACAAAACCGGUCAUCAAACAACUACGUGUCGACGUGUCGACCACGAAUAUAAGAAUUCGUUACGCCUUCCAUGGCUGGAACUCUGAGCAGCAAUAUCAUGGAGAACGACACAAAGACCCCGCCUUCCUCCACCUCUGACAAAACUUCCUUCGCAUACAUCUCUGCCAGGGACCGAUGGCCUAUCAUUCUGACUGGAGCGAUUGAUGAUGUACACAAGGCAGUCUCGGAGACAACAGAAGCCGCCAAACGUGAGGAGGGAAAACGGAUUGUUGAGGAUCUUGCGAAACUCAAAUAUGAGCUCCAGCAUGACCGGAAGAUAACCCCGCUCCCAGAUGAUGGUCAACCAGAUAUUGCGGGUUACAACAAGGAACUGGAGCAAUUGGGAAAUCCCUCCUGGUUCAAUGUUCCGUGGCUCUACGCAGAAUGCUACCUCUAUCGACGAGUAGCAACCUCCUUCUCCCUCUCCAAAGAAUGGAAAUCCUACGAUAUAUUCGCCCGCCAAAAGAUGUCGACCUUCCGAUCCUCUCGCCCCGCAGUCCUCGAACUCGCCGCCAGAUACCACGAACUCAUAACACAGAUGGGAAAGAAGGAUACCAAGGCGGAAGCAGAAGUUGACGAGGCGGAGAAGAUAUUGUUCAUGGAGAUGUGCGAGAUAUGCCUCUGGGGAAAUGCUACAGAUUUGUCGCUCCUAACAUCUCUUACAUACGAGGAUAUUCAAAAGCUACAGGGCUCAGAGGCUCGGAAGGCUUCGGAGAAAAAUAUCAUUAUCAAUGAUUUGGAGGCUGCAUAUGAUGUCUUGAAAAAGGCGAAGAAAGAGGGGAAGAAAGAGAGGAGGGUCGAUAUCGUUCUGGAUAAUGCUGGAUUCGAGUUAUACGUCGACUUGAUUUUAGCUGGCUUCCUCCUUUCUGCUGGCCUUGCAACUAACAUCAUUCUUCACCCGAAGUCGAUCCCCUGGUUUGUCUCCGACGUCCUCCCUGGUGACUUUGCUGCUCUUCUCAACGCGUUGGUCUCUCCUCAAGCAUUCUACUCGACACCUUCAGAAGAUGAGAAAAAUGCUGGCAAGGCCCCAGAACCGCUUUCCCAGGCGGAGAUCGACGAACUAUCCUUCUUGUUCCGGGAAUGGUCGGGCUUUUAUGCCGAAGGACAACUGUUGCUUCGACCAAAUGGCUUCUGGACCGAAGGAGGCAGCUACUGGAGAUUGCCUACUUCAGAUCCUAGGCUCCAUGAAGACCUGAAGGAGAGCCAGCUGGUCAUCUUCAAGGGCGAUCUCAACUACCGGAAGUUGACUGGCGAUGCAAUGUGGGAUCCUACCACACCAUUCACGAAGGCCAUCGGUCCUCUAGGCCCCGGCUCCGGUAUCAAUAUUCUUGCAUUGCGAACGUGCAAAGCUGAUGUUGUUGUUGGUCUCAAGCCUGGACUAGACGAGGAGCUUCGAGCCAUGGAAGGAGGCGGUGGUGAUACUGGAGCGCGAAAAUGGGCAUGGAAUGGAAAGUGGGCAGUUGUGUCCUUUUCUUCGGGGAAAUAAAGAAAACAGUGAGUGAAGGUUGCUUGCACAUAGAAGACUGAUGAUAGAAUAGACAUAUUUGCGAUCCUUACAUUUUUACUUCGGGCUAUCUCAAUUUCUAAAUUCAG